AAAGUCAUAUCGGACGACAAAAAGAACACAUUUUUACCGCUUGUUGAAAGUCUUGAAAGUUGAAAAGCAAUUCCGUGCAUGAAAUUUUGAAUGCAAUUUUGAAAAGAAAGUUGCACAUUAUAGUUCUUGUUUUAUAAAUAAAAUGAAUAGUUCUUUCAUGCAAAAGUCACAGAUGCAUAAUGCAUCCUUCAACGUUUCAUUUAACAAUAGCAUCUCAGGGAGUUUAAACUACAGUAGACGAGGGGAUAGAGGAGGACGUGGCGAUGGAACAAUAUUAAUGAGCACGGGUCUUACCCAAUCGCUCGAACCCUAUGGAACCCCUCUCCCAGCCAUGGUCAAAGUUGCCAUCAGUUCAUGCGGUGGAGGAUCGGCAUCUGGUAGUCAGUCUACAGGGCAGUAUUCUUGCAGCUUGGAUCCUAAUGGGUGGGCGUGGUUGGUGACUGGGAGGAAAUUGUACGUCUGGCGACACACUCCGGAAAGUGGGAGGAAGAGUGCAAUCAGUUGCAGAGAGCUGGUACUCCCACCAUCCGAAUUGGUGCACCAUGCCAAACUUGUAGCCGUUCUGGGAACUUCUAUGUCCACUGCGCCAGCCUGUCUCGCCAUCAGUCCGGAAGGACACAUCACCUAUUGGCCAAACAUAUCCAACGAAUCCAACACUGUUACAGUGAAUGCAGAUAUUCCAGGACAAGAAUGUGAUUCACUCACAUCGAUUUGGCCCUUAGGAUGCGUCGUGACUACAACAACGUCAACAAUUUUGCUUGUGAAGACGUCCAGUGGGAGGGGAAAUAAGCCCGGGUUAACGUGUAAUCCGCUCGCAGCACAAAAGGGUUGGUUGGGUGGGUGGCAAAAGAAAGUGACCACAAUGUUAUUUAAUUCCGUGCCUCACGCUCCUUCCGGGUGGGAUAAUAAGCGAGCUCGUGUCUUGGUCCCCAUGUCGAAAGAGGAUGAUCCAAUGUUUCCGGGACAGAAUAAGGAGGGAAAGAUGUACAUUUUUCAAGGCUCGUUAGUACAAACAUAUCAGUUUCAAGGGGAUUCGCAAAUCUGCUCCAGUGAAACCAAUAUUGAGGAAUAUUUACGACGACAGUUUAUUCAGAAUGUUUGGUCAGCCGAUGUAGAAAGCAGAGACUAUCGGGCGAUUCAAACAUGGAUUUUGGACAUUGCUUGUCUCCCCCACUCGAAGCAACUGGCGAUUUUCGUAGCUGCCAAAAGUCAGUAUGAAACCACGGAUAAUCUCGUUCAUGGAAUUGUUACAUUUGAUUUGAAGCGCUAUCGUCAAAAAGAAUCUUGGUCAUUCAUCCCAGUCGUGUGUGACGUUGGUGGCAACGUUGUUGAAGAUGAGCGAUUAUACGCUUGGAAACUUUUUACAACACAGUCUCAUUACUAUGUGAUAUCACAGGAUUGUAUUCUAACGGCCGUAGCUGAGAGAGAGGGAUCUACAGAUUCGAUAGAAUCUAAUGUCCUUGGUGGGCCAGUUAUUGGUUCUGGCAAUGUUGCUUGGAGCACUGUCGUCAUUCUCGUACCAAAAUGGGGGCUAUUAACCAUCAAACCAAUCCAAAUUCAGGAUGGGCUUGGUUUGGAUGAGACCUUUUCCGAAGUUCGUGUCCCGGAUCAUUUAGCUUUAUCAAUGACCCAGGCGCAUCUUACGGAAGUGGACGAAAAUGAGGACACACUGAUCCGAUACAAGUCUGCAUUUUUACUUUUCUUGCAAAAAAAGAUGGACGAGUGUUGUGCCAUUCUCAACUCCUUGUUUCCUUCGAACGUUCCCUCACUCACGCCUCAUGACCCGAUUGACUCGGCUACUCUGGCAAUUGCUGAGAGACUAAUUGACGAAGCCCCUUCUGCGGACCCUCGAUGGGGCACCUCCUUCAGAACUGAAGAGAACGACACGAUAAUGAAGUCCAAAAUUCUGAUUAAAAACUUUCUUGUUGAUAAACGCGAGAGUUUAGAGUUGUUUAUUGGAUUUCUUAAUAGCAUGGGAAUUUGGUCAAGGCUGGAAGGAAUUGCUGUGAAAGAAGACAUCAUUGCAACAAAUUCACUUCUCUACAAUGCAUAUGAAAAGGUGUACUUUGCUCUCACCCUUCAAAACAUGCAAAAUGAGCCACAUUUCCGAAAAGUUUUGGAUACAGCGAUUCGUUCUAUUGUGAUGGUUAGGAAGGAGAAGGACUGUCAGGCUCGGUCUUCCCAUCUCAGUCCCAAUGAUCUCUUUUACAAGCAGGUGAGCCGAGUCCAUCAAAUAAUUCCUGCCCUCGUCAGCAUUCAAGAAGAAGAGUUUCAGACUCUCGCUGUGCUGGACACUCCUCCACGCGUCCUUCUGACGAACGAAACCAUCCUGCGAUGUCUGCUGGAGGUCAAUGCAGUAUCGUGCGGGGCUGGCGAGAAAUUGGCUCAAAUUUAUGACUUUCUUAUCAAACCACUCAUGCUCUCGGACACGAAUGAGUAUCAAGUGCUUCCGUGGAUCAUUGAAACUAACAUUCUCCGUUCUUUGAUUAAACAACACGAGAUGACGGUAACCAGUGGAAUUUCUAGCACGGAAAUUGAUGCGGGAUUAAAAAUGGAACUGAUCAAACAGCUUCAACAAUUAACGGACAUCAUUCUCGACUCAUUCAAGAAUAAUUUGCUCAGUAUUCAAAAUUCGGAACGGUAUCCGUUAAAGUUACAAAAGUUUGAAGAUCUUCGUUCACAACUUUUGCGUGCACAUUUGCAAGUGGGAGAUUACGAUGGGGGAGCUGUGUUGGGUGAAAAAUAUCUCGAUUUUGAAAUACUGGUCACCGUCUGUUACGACAGGAAGGAUCUGGCAAUUCUCACGGAAUACUUUAACAAGUAUGAUAGCAUGAGUUUCCCCGAGUUCACGUGGGAGUGGUACGUGAGACAGGGAAAGGCAGCCGAGCUGGUGGAUACCUUUAGUACCUCAGAGUUUAAGGAUAGACUGGCAAGAUUCCUGAAAAAAUAUCCUCACAUUGCCUGGCACCAUGCCACCGUAAAUGAUCAGUUUGGGGUGGCAGCAAACGUGCUGAAAGGACUCGCCAUGAAGGAAGAAGCACUCGCGGAUGAUAAAAGAUUUCUCUUGUGCAUGUCCAAACUCGCCGCGCUGGCGAAUCCAGAAAGUUCAUUGGAGAACAAGAAUUACUUUGUUGAUAAUGUGGACCGGGAUCUGCGUCUUAUUGAAUUUCAAACUCGUCUUCCAGAUGAAAUUCUGAACGUGUACGGCAUGGAACGAGAAACCAUGCGAGUUUUGGGUCCUUCGGAAAUGAUUGACAUGUACACCACGCCAGAAGUUCAUUUCGAGCCCGACAAUUACACUAACGCCCUGGGGCUUGCAGAGUUUAUGAUUAAUAAAGAGCUGCAGGUUGAAAAGAGGCUGCUGAUCACGUUUCGUACCAUUCAGCGAGACCCAUGGGCUACAUGGACAAGUCAAGAUCACCCAGUCGACACAGUAGAAAACACUGCGCUCUAUCAUUUUCUAGUGGCUGCCAUCAAUAAAGGUUGGACCCUGGAUGAAGUGUACCCCUUGACUCGUUUAUUUACAUUUUCCGAAAUGCGAAACCUGGUAGAAAACCCUAACGUAAAAUUUCUUCUGAGAGUUUGUCAUGAGCACUUUGUUACGAAAUUAGCCGAAAUUCAUCAGGAUUUGCCGGAUCCCGAAAACAUGGAAUAGAUUAUUAUAAUUUGAGAUAUUUUUUGCCUUCUUGAUUGGGCUGGUACCGACUUCAGAUUUAAAAUUACUCCAUCGUUAUUUUCUAACAACGUUCACAAUACAAAAAACUAGGUUUUAAGACUAAAAUUAUAUUUGUAAUAAUUUUGUAUCAUACCCAUCUAGAAAAUAAAAAUUGGGCAGAGUUGCGGCUAAUUGAUAGCCAAAAAUUGGCUUUGAGCAGAA